UCACUUUCGCGAGGUGCUGAGUGGAACCCUUAAUCGAUCGUGACCUUUAUUAUUUAUUUUUGUAUUCUUUGUGUACGCAUCACGACAACAAUUUUGGUGGCCUUCGGUCUGGUGAGUCCGCGGGGGUUUUUUAUUUACGGGGCUCCCAAAAUUAUCGGGAAGUGCUUGAAAAUCAGGUCGUUGUUCGUUUAAAGUGUUUCGUGACUGUAUCGAGCUCAGUGUGAAAAUGCCAAAGAAAAAGUUCUUUUCAACAAUUUUUUCGCGAUCAGGGAAGUCGCAGCGGCAAGAACAGCAACAGGAUGACCGAUUGGAAACAGAUGCAGUUCCCGCGCCUGAUGAAAACAGCAAUGAAUCAACCGGAAAUCAGGUUGAGGAAAUUAACAACAGUACACCACUCCCAUCCUCUAUGUUGGGCUUGGCGGAAAUUAACAGCCAGCAGCUCGUAUCCUCACCUACCCCGAGCUCAGAUCUCAACUCCAAUUCGUUAAGUCCUCUUCGAAUGCCAGCAAAUAAUAAUAUGGUCGCGGUGCACAACACUCAAGCUCAAAACGUCUUUCAAUUCUCGAACAUUAACAACCUGCACAUUGGCUCAGUGUUCAAGAUAGGCGCAACGGAUGGCGAGCCUCAACGUCCCGGGAGCAUUGAUCCACCCAAGGAACACCGCGCGAAAGCAUACACGCGAACAGUGCAGGCGAUGUUGCAAUCGACAGAGCCUCUCGAUUCCAAGUACCUCAGUGAAAUAUCGAAGCAUCUAGGGGAAGGUUGGCAGGACGUGAUGCGGCAACUGAAAUUCUCAGACGGGCAGAUUCACCAAGCCACGGUGGAUUUCCAAAUAGACGGGGGAAUUCGCGAGGUUAUCUAUCAAUUGCUAUUAGACUGGACGAGAAACGAGGAAAACGCGACGCUGGGUGAAAUCACUAGUAUUCUGUGGAAUUCCGGCCACCACGAAACAGUUUACUACGUGAAGCAAAUCUAUAAGGCUGAGAAAAUAGCGGCGACGCAACCGAAGCCGGAGAAAGGCGUUGUGUAGGCGAACGAAGAGUGCUCUGUUGGAUGAGCCUAACAAUUUUAGCGCAUUUCGAUUUAUUUACUAAGUGCAAUGGAAAGUGGCGCGGACACUUAACGCUUUUAUGAACGCUUCCACUUACUCAAGGCAUUUUAUUAAAUAAUUUUAAUCGACAUUAAACGCAAAUGGGAGCCUUCUUUAGGAAGGAAGUGAAAUUUUUUAUCAAAUUUGGCUUUCGUUUAUGAGCGGAAAAGUGUGCAUCUCUCAAAAAUUUCACUUUUAGUUAUAGGUUAGACUUUGCAAAGGUUUAUUAGGAAUAAUUUGAAACGGAAAACCGACCAUUGUGAUGACGAUAAGGCAUCAAAGUGCCGACCUACUUCUAAGAAAAAAGUUAUUAUUGUGUAAUUUGAGUAGGAAAUAUUAUUGCAUAUUUUAUCUGAUGUUUUACGCUGAGAUAUAUAUUUUUAUAUGUGUACAAUAUACGUUGCCGACAGAA